AUGUUGCGUUCAAUUACACCCGCUAAUCGCACUUUGUUUAAAUGUGCACUUCGCUCUGUAUUAGCCAUUCCACGUGCGGAAGCAUCGGGAAAUACACCAGAAGACGGCUCCGUUCGUGCUGGUGGUGGUUCAUUUGCCGCGCGAGAACAAGCCAUGGAAGCGCAAUGGGCACGAAAAGAGGAUGCACGGCAAGUGGAAGCUUAUAAGCUUCAUCUAAAAAAAGUACGAGAACACAAAGAGGCAUUGAAAAGAACAGUGGAAAGUUUGGAAAGAGAUGAACAAGAAACGGAAGAUUUAAUAAAGCAGAGUAACACAGAUGGUCAAGAUGGUGAUAAAAGAUCAAGUAAUCAGUGGAACAAAAAUGAACAAGAAAAAGGUAGACAAUAUCAAUCAUCGGACAAAAAUAAAAGAAAACAUUAA